AUAAACUUAAUGGGCGGUGGGUGAGUGGAGAAACAGAACGGUUCAACCAUGGCCACGUUACAGUGCAACUGCAAUUCUCUUGCACUCAACAAACCCAGUUAUUCCAGAAGAAGAAGAAGACAAUUUCUUCAACCCCUUUUCUCAUCCACUCGUUUUGUUUCAAGCAAUUCAAUCUGCACAAGUUCCAGUGCCACAACUUCAAGGUGGGGUUGUGCUGUUUCUGCUGUUGUCUCAGAAGAGAACGCUGUUGGUUCCUCUUUCUCUGCAGCUGAUGUCUUCAAACUCACGUAUUUAGAGGGAAACAGUUGGAUCUGGAAUGUGGGUGGGAUAAACAUAUUGGUUGAUCCUAUUUUGGUGGGCAACUUGGAUUUUGGAAUUCCUUGGCUAUAUGAUGCUGCUAAGAAAGUGUUGCAGAAGUUCCAGCUCAGUGAUCUUCCGGAAAUCAAUUGCUUACUCAUUACUCAAAGCCUUGAUGAUCACUGCCAUUUGAAGACCUUAAAGCCUUUCUCUCAGAAAUUCCCAGAUAUUAGAGUUAUAGCAACCCCUAAUGCCAAGGGCUUGUUGGAUCCUCUUUUCAGAAAUGUUACAUAUUUAGAACCUGGGGAGAGCUCGGAUAUUGAAACAAAUUAUGGUUCUAAGAUAAGUGUUAAGGCUACAGCAGGACCAGUUCUUGGACCUCCAUGGCAACGUCCAGAGAAUGGGUAUAUUGUUACAUCCCCACAAGGCCAAUUGUCUCUCUACUACGAACCCCACUGUGUAUAUAAUCAAAGUUUCACUGAGAAGGAAAGGGCAGAUAUUGUGAUAACACCAGUCAUAAAGCAGCUUUUGCCCAAUUUUACCUUGGUUUCGGGACAAGAAGAUGCAGUGAAACUUGCAAAGCUGCUUCAAGCCAAGUUCAUUGUGCCAAUGAAAAAUGGAGACCUAGAUAGCAAAGGGCUUCUUGCAAGCUUAAUUAGUGGUGAAGGAACAGUGGAAUCAUUUAAGGAACUUUUAUUAAAAGAACUACCAGAUGCAAAGGUUGUAGAACCUACCCCAGGAGUACCAGUGGAAAUUUCAGCAAAUUAAAGCUGAAGUUAUUUUUAUCCCCUUUGCCCCCCCACUUCUUAAUUUUUCUUUGGGGGUCAAAUGGCACAACAGUGUUUUCAGGCAAAGUAUACACUCUCUAUGAUGCAAGACAAACACUUUUUCUCACAUCAUGAUUACUUCUUCCCCUAUAUAAUAUAUGUGUGGUAGUUUAUAAGCUAUAUGUGUGAUAUAUCAAAGUUGUUUGUUAGUAUAUCUUUGAACUGCACUUCUAUUUUAUGUAUAUAAAAAAGAAACACUGAGUAGUAAAAAUCUACAAAGUUGGGUAUGA